GGCCUGUGCAGUCUGAGGAGCUGAGGAUGCUGUGGCCAAGCCUGGGGCUGGGGGUUGCUGGGGUCCCCUGGGCUGCCUGGCUGCGCACAGCGUGGCCAUGGUGGACCGGCAGCCAUGGAGUGCUGUGCAGAGCUGCAGAAGCCCAGCGAAGCGCCUGGGAGAGCUCCAUGCAGCCUGUGAGUGAACCACGUAGUGCCCAGAAGAGCCCAACCCAACAGGCUGGGGAGCCAGGCACGGCACCGGGAAGAGUCCCACACAGAACCUGUGAGAACACCCAGCUGUGCCUGCAGAAGCCCCAGACAACACCCUGGGGAGUUCAGAGUGGCACCUGCCAGAGCCUCACCCAACACCAUGGGGAGUCUGCUGGGGCACUUGAGACAGCCCCAAGCAUUGCCUGGAAGACCCCCAAGCAGAGCCUGCAGGGGUCCCACACCUCAUUGUGGGAAACCACCAUCAUUGCCAGCCAGAGCUCCGCCCAACACCUUCGAGAGCAUGGUAGAGGGACUGGAGGAGCCCCAAGCAUUGCCCAGGACAUCUCCAAGCAGAGCCUGCAGAGGUCCUACACCACAUCCUGGGAAACCACCAUCAUUGGCAGCCAGAGCUCCACCCAACACCUUCAAGAGCUUGGUAGAGGGACUGGGGGAGCCCCAAGCAUUGCCAGGGACAUCUCCAAGCAGAGUCUGCAGGGGUCCCACACCACAUUGUGGGAAACCACCAUCAUUGCCAGCCAGAGCUCCACCCAACACCUUCAAGAGCUUGGUAGAGGGACUGGGGGAGCCCCAAGCAUUGCCAGGGACAUCUCCAAGCAGAGUCUGCAGGGGUCCCACACCACAUUGUGGGAAACCACCAUCAUUGCCAGCCAGAGCUCCACCCAACACCUUCAAGAGCUUGGUAGAGGGACUGGGGGAGCCCCAAGCAUUGCCAGGGACAUCUCCAAGCAGAGUCUGCAGGGGUCCCACACCACAUUGUGGGAAACCACCAUCAUUGCCAGCCAGAGCUCCACCCAACACCUUCAAGAGCUUGGUAGAGGGACUGAGGGAGCCCCAAGCAACACUUGGGAGUGCUUUGGGCUUCAGUCACUGCUUUCAUUUAUGUGUCCUAAGAAGCUGGGGAUGGACAGCUGUGGCAGGAGCCAGAGAAGAGUCCUCCCAGAAUCUGCAAGCAGGACACAGCAGACAUUGCCGCCUCGCCUGUCCAGAGUGAAUGGCUGGUCGAAGCCCCUCCACGGAUACCAGGCAGUAUCCUGGGCCAUAUUUGUGACCUUGGCCUUAGCCAUGUUUGGCAUUUUUAUUCCCAUGCUGCCUGGCAUGUGGAAGUACAUUGUCUAUGGAGGACAUAGCAGUUUGAGAAAGGCUUAG